AUGGACGCCAUUUGGACUAUCACAGGAAUAUCGCUGAUCCUUAGCACGGAAAUAGUGAUAGCUGAUCUUGCUUCAAAGACUCUUAUUAGUACAUCUGGAGAAAACUUCAAAUAUCACGUUUUGAUCAUUGCAACUGGUUCCACAGUUAUAAGGCUGUCAGACUUUGGUGUACAAGAGGAUGAUUCCAAAAACAUCUUUUACUUGAGAAAAAUCGAGGAUGCAGAGAAGCUUGCAGAAGCAUUAAAAACAAAGAAAAAUGGGUAG